AUGGAACACUCCAAUCAUCUUUUCAGGUUCAAUGCUCUGAUGUUCAAGUUGCCCAAGUCGGCCAAGUUGAGAUCAUUUGGGGUAUACUUAUCAGGAGCCCUCUAUGCCAUUGGGUUCUGGUCCAUUGUGGACGCUGCUAUCUUUUCUAAGACUGUCAAUGCGUCUGAUGUACAUGUCACGUUUGUCGAUUGGAUUCCUUUCAUUUGUUCCAGUUUGGGGAUGUUGAUUGUGAACCUGAUAGAGAAGUCGAAUUUGUUUGUAGACUCCAACAACUCGUUUUUGAGCAGUGGAUCAGGCACCAAUGCAUGGGCUGCCAGAGUGAUUUUGUUCUGUGGGUUUUCGUUGUUGGCUGGGGGUUUGGCCGGGUCGUUUAUGGUGCUCAUCUUGAAGUUCUUGUUGAAACACUAUACCUUUCCUACGUUGGGAAUGGGUGUUUCUAAUAUAAUAUGCAACGGCUGUAUCAUGUUGAGUUGUGUUGUAUUGUGGUUGUCACAGAACAUCGAAGAUGAGUACAGCUACAGCUUGGCAUUGUAG